AUGUGUGAUAUAUAUAACAUAAAGGCAGUUAUUACUGAAAUUUAUAGUAAUCUCUUCUAUUUCAUAUCGAUACAGGUUGAGGAGCUUCUGAAGGAGCACGACAACGUCUGUACUUUAAGAGUCCGAAUGCCAAUAUCAUCUGAUCUAAACAAUCCUCGUAACUUCAUCACGAAGAUCUGUCGGUACAACAAGGUGGUUAAUAUCCCAAACAGCAUGACUGUAUUGGAUGAGUUGCUUCCAAUCUCGAUCGAGAUGGCUAAGAGAAACUGCAGGGGAAUAUGGAAUUUCACCAACCCAGGUGUUGUGAGCCACAAUGAGAUCCUGGAGUUGUACAAGGCUUAUAUUGAUCCUGGCUUCAGUUGGGUCAACUUUACACUCGAAGAACAGGCGAAGGUGAUCGUCGCGCCUCGCAGCAAUAACGAAUUGGAUGCUUCGAAAUUGAAGAGCGAGUUUUCGGAGCUGCUGUCGAUUAAAGAAUCUCUCAUAAAAUAUGUGUUUGAGCCCAACAGGAAGCAGGGGAAUUGAUGCAUUGUGUUGCGUGCUAUGGAGGGGAUAAUCUUUUUUCUUUUGAAAUGUAAGGAAAUAUUUAUUUUUAGAAUGAAUUUGGUAGUUAGCCCAUGUUUUAAUCAGUAUGACCUCAAAGAUGAUGACUUUAAUAACUAGAG